UGUGAGACAAAGUCUUUCAAAACAACAAAGUACUAUAAGAGCAAUUUUACUUUAUUUAGUAUUCACUUAUGAGCAACAGAAAAAUUAGAGUGAAAUGAUAUUUUUGUUGUAGGUUCGAACCUGCUCUUCAACUGGGACCUUUCAGUGUGGCGUUUGCUUGUUCUCGUCGUACCUGUGUGGGUUUCCUCUGGGCGCUCUGGUUUCCUUCUGCAGCACAAAAACCUACAGAUUAGGGCAAAUGGCUACUCUAAAUUGCCCAUAGGUGUGAAUGUGAUUUCUGUCUGUCUCUGAUAGACUGGCGACCUGUCCAGACUGUGCCUUGCCUCUCGACCGAAGUCUGCUGGGAUUGGCUCCAGUUCACCGGUGACCCACAAUGAGUAAUACUUUCCAUAAAGUGACCUCACCUCUGUAGAGACUUCGUAGCUUUUGGGUUGUUUUGUAUUGUCUGUUAUGGCAAUCUUAUGAUUUAGGUCAGUGUAAAGUGUUGUUGUUGAUUUGUAAGCUUUCAUUAGCAUGGGGUGUUGGUGUAGGUAUACUGUAAGACCAGGCCUCAUUGUAGUGUUUUAUUGCUACUGGUGGUGAUUUUGUGUUGUCCAGCUUUGGAUUUCUUGACUGUCGGGGCAUUUUGAAAGAUCAUUCAAGGUAAACUGCUCUUAAUCAUGUUCAGGCUAGUAUAGCCUGGAAGCACCCUAAUGUGAUCAUGGCUCGUAGCCAAAAAUGUAAGGUUUGUUUUUGGCGCAUUUGAGGAUAGAGUAUUGUAUUACUGCUUAAAGUUCUGUUAAAUCAGUUAGAAAUCACUAUCUUUCAGUUCUGGUUUUAGAUACUGUAACUUACUAUUGGGUCUGUUUUUCUUCACAGGUUGGACCUGAUCACUGUGACGUCUUAGUCUUUAUCCAAGCAUAGGCUUUUUCGAUCUAGAAAUCUGCACAAACAGAACCAACCAUGAACACCCACGAACCAGAGGCGUACACGGUAGCGCCGGAAAUGCCAGCCAUGUUCGAUGGGAUGAAGCUGGCAGCCGUUGCCACCGUGCUCUACAUCAUCGUCCGGUGCCUGAAUCUGAAAAGCCCCACUGCGCCACCGGACAUCACGUACCAGGACACGGCGCUCACUCACUUCCUGCUUAAAUCCUGUCCCCUUCUGACCAAAGAAUACAUUCCUCCUCUGUUGUGGGGAAAAAGUGGCCAUUUACAGACUGCUCUGUAUGGGAAGCUGGGUCGUGUGAGUUCACCGCACCCAACCGGCCUGCGGAAGUAUCUGCCCAUUCAGGAUGGAGCCACGGCGACCUUUGAUCUCUUCGAACCUCUGGCAGAUCAUCAGAGCGGAGUGGAAGUCACCAUGGUUAUCUGCCCGGGCAUUGGGAACCACAGCGAGAAGCACUACAUUCGCACCUUUGUGGAUUACUCGCAGAAACAAGGCUACCGCUGUGCCGUGCUCAACCACCUUGGGGCCUUGCCCAACAUCGAGCUCACCUCUCCCCGCAUGUUUACCUACGGCUGUACAUGGGAGUUUGCAGCCAUGGUGGGCUACAUAAAGAAGACGUACCCCCAGAGCCAGCUCAUUGUGGUGGGAUUCAGUCUCGGUGGCAACAUCGUCUGCAAAUUCCUUGGGGAGAACCGUGCCAAUCAGGAACGUGUGCUGUGCUGCGUGAGCGUGUGCCAGGGCUACAGUGCACUCAGGGCUCAGGAGACCUUUCUGCAGUGGGACCAGUGCCGGCGCUUCUAUAACUUCCUCAUGGCUGACAACAUGAAGAAAAUCAUUCUGUCACACAGCGGCAGUCUGUUUGGAGGAGGCUCCACUAAGCUGGUAGACGCAGAUCUGAGACGCCUCUACACUGCCACUUCUCUUAUGCAGAUCGAUGACAACAUCAUGAGAAAAUUCCAUGGACACGAUUCCUUAAAAGAGUACUAUGAGAAGGAGAGCUGUGUGCACUACAUUCACAAUGUGAAUGUUCCACUCAUGCUGGUCAACUCUGCUGAUGACCCGCUCGUACACCAGUCUCUCCUCACCAUCCCGCGCACACUUGCAGAAAAGAAAGAGAACGUGAUCUUCGUCCUGACGCUGCACGGCGGCCACCUGGGCUUCUUCGAGGGUGCCGUUCUCUUUCCGCAGCCUCUCACCUGGAUGGAUAAGGUCAUCGUGGGGUACGCCAAUGCCAUUUGCCAGUGGCAGAAGCAAAAGCCAGCAUGCCAAAGUCAGGAAGCCGAAGCCUCAGGGGACUCGUGCUUGAACCCUGCUUCCUAAACUUUGACCUCUGAUUCAUGCUCCUUCGCCACCAAGCCACUCAGAUGUUUCUGACUGGGCUCAUCUUACACCCACAAAAAAAAAAAAAAAAAUUCAGUGGUAGAGAAAAUGUUUCGUAUUUUGGGGAUCAUCACUCACAUGUAUCCUCUCCUAGCUGUUAGAGAGGAUGCUAUGAGGGCAGUGUUGGGCAUAUACCAUAUUUUCUGGACUUAAAGAUGCUAUGACCUAAUACAGUGACAAAUAUGAUAUAUUUUGCAUCAGGCUAAUUAUUAGAACCUGUUUUAGUACAGUUUUUUAUUUUUUGGAAAGGGAAACAAACCUUAGUAUGGAAAUGAGUUUUCAACAUUGUGUGGUGGUCUGGGAAACCUCUACAUGUGGUGAGGAUUUGACCUUUUUAUAUUGUGUAUAUAGUUCUGAAAACUACAAAUUUUCUUGAAAUGCGUAUAUACAGUAUUUUAAAGUCAGGUUACCCCCUAAAAAGUGAAAAAUUGCAUUUAAAGAUCCAAGUCAGACUGUGGUGUAGGAGCAUCGUGGACAGUUUGACAAAUGUUUGAAUACAAUUUGAAUUGAUUAGACUUGAUCUAUUUUGCUAUUUCAUAUCCAACAGCUUUAUUAAAGCACUGUGUGAGGAGCUUUCACUUAUGUAGCAAGAUUUUAGGUAUCUUGAGACAAAUUGACUGUUUAAAUCACAUUUGUGACACCGUGACCUCUGAAAGGCUUUGCCAGACCGCAAUACAUUAUGUCUUUAUAAGGAUGGACUUGCAGACAGGACCAAUUAGCUUUAGGUUACACUAAUGGCAUCUCUAAAAGUCCAUUUGUGGAGGCAGUAAAAACUUUUUUUUUUUUAAAUGCCUGCUGCCUUAAUAGGCCAAAGCAACUUAUCUGGAAAAUAUGGUACACGUUGUCAUAUAUAGUUUAAAUAUGUCGAUUAAAUACACUGGCCCUAGCGUGUGUAAGAAGUUAGUUUGCAGAUGCUGGAGUGGAAAGACUUCGGCACAAAUAGCUACUGUAGACCGACACUGCACUACCAUGCUGUACAUAACACUGAGGGAACGAGCUGUUAUGCAGGCACUGUGUGCUUAUAGCGAGGACAGGCGUGCUGCUGGUGCCUCUUCUGUGCUGUUAAACCUGCUCACUGGUCUGUCGGUGUCUCGAAUAGACCCAGUCAACGUUUGUGUUAUUCAUUAAAUUGUAUUAUUCAUUCUAGAGGGAGAAGGGACUCCUGCAUGAGUCACUACAGCUUAAAGGCGCUUUCUUUCCUUUUUUUUUUUUUUUAAAAAUAUAUAAGCACUUUAUUAUUUUUGCCAUAAUAUUCAUUGGGUAAUUGGAGGAAGGUUGAGGUUGCAAGCAGAGACUAGACUAUACAAUACAAUGCAACACGAGGGAGAGAUGUCCAAACUCUUUAGAUCAAUGACUCUAUGAUCCCUCCUGUUCCCCAAAGCCUGACGUUCAUAAGAAACGUUCUCCGAUAGCUCAGCUUAACUGUUUUUUUUUUUUUUUUUUUUUUUUUUUUAAAAUACAAGCUCACUGGGGUUUGGCUGGAAGUAGGAUCAGAGCAGGAGAUCCAGCAUUGCAGAUAUGCCUUUUUUUUUCCAUUUUGUGACCAGUUCUUAUGAUUUUGUAAUGGAAACAGAAUCUGAAAUGCGAGCUGAAGGGUUAAGUUCUUGUUCCAGUUCUUUAGAGUAACUGCAUGUUCUUGAAUAGUUGGAAUGGAAAGGAUUUUAAAAAAUGGCAUCUAGUUUCAGGUGAGGGGGAGCUUUUCCAGUCUGUUUAUUUUAUUUUUUUUAUUUUUUAAAGAGCUAGUUUAAUUGAAAAUUUGUACGAUUUUCCUGAAAUCCCAAAUAUAGGCCAAGGCAUGUUUUGUGCCUAAAGGUCGCUUCGUUAAUUUUGUGAUGGAGCUAUGAUGCUACUGUUGCUAACAAUUGACAGAAGGGGGCUUAUCGCUACCAGUUUUACAUUGUGCAUGUCUAAUUCACGUCAAGUAUUUCAGCAUCUCCAGGAUCCUUGGUUCACUCCUGGGUUUCACAUGUUCUCCCUAUGUCUGUGUUGGAUUCCUCCAUUUAUUACUCUAAAUUGCCCCUAAGGGUGUGUGCGCACGUACUUGUGCUUGCUAUAUUUUGAGGACCAGAAGAUGACUUUUUUUUUGGAAGUGAGGACAUUUUGGUUGGUCCUCACUUUUUCAAACGACUGUUUUGAGGGUGAUGUUUUGGGGUUCAGGUUAGAAUUGAGUAAGAGUUGGGGUUUUUUAUUUAGUUGUGAUGGUUAAGGUAAGGGGCUCAGGAAUGUAUCAUGUUAAUGAGAGCCCCUGCAAAUGUAGAAAUACGAGAAUUGUGUGUAUGUGCGCAUGGAGCCCCACGAUGGACUGGCAUCCCAUUUCAGGGUGUAUUCCCACCUCGUCCCUAGUGUUCCGGGUCCACCAUGUCCCUGACCAGAAUAAAGUGCUUACUGAAGGUGAAUGAAUAAAUGUCCAAAUCAUCAGACACUUGCCUUAAAAGAUCAUUUUUGCUGAAGUACCUGUUUAAGUUCCAAGUUUACUUAUUGCACUUAAGUUGCAAAUUAGAUUUUUAACUUUUUAAAAAAAAGUGUCUAUUGUUUUUAGUUCUGGAUAGAAACCGCAUCAGUCAUUUGAGACCAAACAACUCUACAUGGUUUGAAUCCAGCAUAGGCACAAUGAUUCACUGCUAGUAAGUUUCCAUUAGUUGUUAGCAAUAUUGUUCAACUUUACUGAGUGUGAUUGGAUGCAGUUGAGUUGCUGGAGAUGGUAUGUAGAGGAUUGGUGUUUAAGAAAAGUGUCGGUUUGUGGUUGCUCUCAGCCUUUUCUUUUCCUCUCAGUCUUUUUAGUCUGGAUGAGAGGAAGAGAGGACUGUUCCAUCGUUCUGAAAGAAGGGGAAGUUAUAAGUUAGCAGUUCUCCAGUCAGUAGAGCAUAGACGCCACCUGCUGGUUUUCUGGUGGUGGGUGGUGCGGUGUGUGGGUCGUUUUCCCCCAUUGAAUCGCCAUAUAAACCAAAUGUCCUAAUGUUUUUUAGUGUUGUGUUUUGGACCUCAAGCUCCAAUCUCAUGCAGUGUGUGGUGUUUUUUUUUUUUAAAUAUAUAAAUAUAAAGAGAAAAAAAAUGUAACAUGCUUCUGAUCGCUCUUCUCUUUAAUCAUAUAUUAGAAGGAUAUUGAUCAGAGUACAUCAGUUUGUUCAUUCAGUAUUGAAGUACACCAAGAGAUUGGAGCUAUCGGAGCACACCAGCAUCAUUCCAGACACCGUCAACUGAUGCACAGCCUUCUGCAUUUUUGAAUGUUUCUCACCCCCCCCCCCCCCCCUUUUUUUUUUUUUUUGCACAAAAAAUUCAGGCUUUAGAUGUAACUCCUGGAUUUUUCAAGGUUCAUUUUUUUUUUCUUGCAUUUUGUACAUGUGUGUCUCUCUUGCUGUUUGGUUAUUUACUCAUUUUGUUUUUGGAAUAUGAUGUACCUGAAUGAACAUUGGUUUGUGUUGCUCAUCAGCACAUUUGAUUCUGAAAACCAAAACCGGGGGGAAGCAACAUGCUAAACACAGGGCGAACAUAGAUUCUGUAGUUUGUCACAUGGUGGCUGUUUGGUUGUGGGUGGGUGAUUUUUUUUUUUUUUUCUCCCUCCUUCCCCUCCCCUCCCAUCAGCAAUAAUAUCUGAGGUUUGUUUUUCAGUUAUGCCAAAUUGAGUGGCCUCGUCCAGAAAAAUAAGUGUCAAAUUGAGUGAAAUUGCACAUUUACAUUACUGAAAGUGCAUUUGUUGUUUUAAUAUUUGAUCAUAUUUAUAAAUCCAUUUGCAGACCCACUGACCACUUGCUACAGUAUCAGGUGGAAGUUGCUAAUCCAGUGCAAGAUCAUUCCAUGAUUUUCUGCAGUGACAUUUGAUUUCUAGAGUUGAUCAGUGUAUUCACAGUGCUGUGUUUUGAUGGGUUGUUGUACCCAUAAUCAUAUUCCACCUGCAUUGAUCAUAACACUUCAACCCAGUUGUGGUGUGUUGUGUGGGUUUUUAUUAUUUUGAGGGGGGAAAAAGUGAUUUGAAUAAUUGAAUUAAAUAUAGUGUUCAAAUAAAUUAUUUUCUUGUAUAAAUA